GAAUGGAUCCAUCCGAGGCGGUUGGUCAUGUGACUUUUUCCGUUUCGCCAUUUUCCUCUUCUACACCGGUGCCCUCGCUGGCAGCUACGUUGUCGCUCCCUCUCAGCGUUUCGACCUGUCCAGAGCUGACGAAGGGAUAGGGGAAACCUUGAAAAGAAGAUAGUCUGCCGUGUAGCUGUAUCGUCCCGAGAGAAGAGCCAGAAUGUCUUCUGAAGAGAGCCCCGAGUACUCGCCUUUCUUCGCUGUGAUGGGAGCCUCUGCGGCCAUGGUCUUCAGCGCAUUAGGAGCGGCGUAUGGGACAGCAAAGAGCGGCACGGGCAUUGCUGCCAUGUCUGUGAUGCGGCCAGAGCUCAUCAUGAAGUCCAUCAUCCCUGUGGUCAUGGCGGGUAUCAUCGCCAUCUACGGGCUGGUGGUGGCUGUGCUGAUAGCAAACAACAUCUCUGAGAGAGUCUCCCUUUACAAGAGUUUCCUGCAUCUCGGUGCUGGUCUUAGCGUGGGCCUGAGUGGUCUGGCAGCCGGGUUCGCCAUCGGCAUCGUGGGCGACGCAGGGGUACGAGGCACCGCCCAGCAGCCCCGGCUUUUCGUGGGCAUGAUCCUGAUCCUGAUCUUCGCUGAGGUGCUGGGGCUUUACGGCCUUAUCGUGGCCCUCAUCCUAUCUACAAAAUAAGUGUCUGCAUCAAACACCAUCUCAUUCAUUCCACAUCAAAGCAGCAAGAACAAAUAGGAGAUUUUCACCUACUUCCAUUACACCCUGUGGGUCUGGCAGGAUGGGAUGGCAACAGAAACAUGUUGGCGGUCGACUUUGACAGCUGUGUCCUCAGUAGAUGUGAUCUAUCCGUAUUGUUUAAAGCCAUCCAGUUGUGUCAGGUCCUGUGUGUACAGAACGGGCAUGAAGAUGUAUUGGUUGUUAUGGGAUGAUGUGUGGACAGUCUGCCUGAUUUGUUGUCUGAUCUUAACCUGUACAGUGAUCCAGAGUCCCUCCUCCCCCUGUAAAUGUAGUAACCAGUCUGUGCUGUGAGCGUGAGUAAUAAUGUUUACCCCUUUGCCCAUUCCCCUCCUUUGAUUUUUGUUUUAUGUUGGUCGUCUUGAUUGUCAUUCUCUGUUUUGAGACUGCUGAAAAUCAUGCACAUUAGCAUUUUAUUUUUUCAUGUUCUUUUUGGGGACCAGUUUUGAAUCACAGUGGGUUGAGAAGCUGUCAAGACAUUUUUUUUUUUUUUUUUUUUUUCACUAUUUAUGGAAAGUUAUGAAGAUUUUGACUUAAAGAAACUGUCUAAAUGGAAUACCCUAUAUACAUAAAUAUAUAUAUAUAUAUAUAAAUUAUCUGUGUAUAGCUAGAUUAAUUGCACUGUGGGUAAUUGUUCAAAGUGCUUGGAAUUCCUCUGGAUGUAGUGUGAUUAUUAAUGGAGGAUGUCCACAUGUUGACAUGGAGUUGACUGUGUGUGUGUGUGUGUGUGUGUGUGUGUGUGCGUGUGUGUGUGUGUGUGUGUGUGUGUGUGUGUGAGAGAGAGUGACACUGAGUGCGUAAUGUGUGCAAGCGGAUUUAUGUUUAAUGACAUUCUCAAACACUAGUAUCGUUUACCUGUAGUGCUGCUGUUGGGAUUUUUUUUGUUUGUUUGUUUGUUUGUUUGUUUUUGUUUAAGGUGAAAGCUCACUGUUCAGCCAUGCCUGUCAGAUUUCCAAAUAAAACUCAACCUCCUCCAGAA